AUGGACGCACUGCUGGCGUCUCUCGAGUCGGCGGCGCUUCGCUACCGCGGGAGAACGAGUCCCAAGCCGACGGCAGAGACUGGAGCGUCACCUACACCUCCGAAUCCGUCUGAUCUGCCGCGGCCAGACCUCGAGCUGCCUCCGAUUCCACCGCUGGUUGUUCCGCGCUUGGUCAACGUGCUCCUGCUAGGCUUUGCUCCGCCGAGCAAACCAUCGCUCGCCGCGGCGGCCGCUGCGCCAUGGCUCAAGCACAUCGAGCACAUGCUUGCCAUGCGGACGACGGAUGGUGUGGUGCCGAACGCGCACUACUCGUACCAUUUCCGGCUCAUCGAGGCCUCGCCGCAGGUCGCUCGCUUCUUUGAUGCCCUCGUCCUCUCACUGGCUCGUCCGGGCCCGGACCCUGGUGCCGAUCCCUGGCGCUCUGUGUGGGGCGACGAUGGGCCGGAUCUCCCAGCCCAGACGGUCACUGUCGACGCGCUGGCCUUUGAGGGCGUGCUCGGCGACUUUCUGGCCGGCAUGGGCCUCGACGACGCUUUCACCUUUGUCGUCGCAAAGCCCGGCGAGUUUAUCGACCCAGCUGCCUCUGUCCGCUACGGCUAUGCCCGUGGCCUCACCGAGGACGAGCUCGUUCAACUGGACGAGUCGCGUCACGAGUUGGAGGCCUUACUCGACUCUGAGUACCGUCCUCGUGAGUGGGCACUGCCAACAUCCGACGAUUUCCCGGUCUCGUACGCUCAUCGCGCCCUCGCAUCGGCUGCGCCGCUCUCCGACGCCAUCAUCUACUCUCGCCAGCAGCAGUAUAUUGCCUCCGACGGCCCACUCUCUUUCGAGUAUCUCGGCACCGCCGCUGAGGAGUGGAUUUCUGCCUACAUGGCCGACCACGGCUGGCGCUACGCUCCCGUUCAUCCGCCGUCGCACCACUCGGGCUCGCGCUGGUCUGGGCUUCUCAACCCAGCCCCAACCUCGCCGCUUCGCAUCAUCACGUGCGACGCUGAUGCGGCCGUCCCCUGCGCGCGUAUCUUUCCGCCCAGCGCUGACACGAGCACUAACCUCGUCCACCUCCUCCUCCGCUACCUCGGCGCAGGCUCGCUCGAGGACUCGGCGUAUGUCGAGUCGCUCCUCGCCGCAGAGACUGAGCUCGACUUUACGUCCGAGUGCCUUGUUGACCUCUGGGUCUCCUCCUCCGCGUUUGCCGUCCUCGACCUUCACGCCGGUCCCUUUGAGUGGGGCCCGCGCCUCGGCGGCCACGGGCUCAAGACUCGCGACUCGCUGCCGUCGCUCGAGGACACCACCGCCGCCGCGCUCACCGCCUGGUCUGCCGAACACGCUGUGUCGCAGGGCGGGGCUUCGGCUGCAUCAGGUGGCCGCCACGUCCCGUCCGACGCCGCCAUCGAGGCCAUGUCCGAGCCAGACACUGUCUCAUCGUUCCUUGCCAAGUUUUGCGACGAGUCGCUCUUUGCCACCCCGCCCGGCACACCCCGCAUCUCGCUCCCGCCGUUCUGCGCCAAGCUCCGCGCCCGCCUCGCCGCCCUCCAAGAAGCUUCAGAUCCAGCAGCACGCGACGCUGUUGUCAACCCGCAGCCCGAGGACGUGAUCCUUGUCACCGACCCCAACACCCACGCCGAGCCGACGUCUUCCGGACAGCUCGCGGCUUCGCUCUUCCUCACCAAGCUCGCCGGCGUUCUCGACGCUGGUAUCAAGCACGUGGUCACGCCGCCGCUUGACCCAAGCUUUGUAGCUGCCGGAGGCGCCUUUGCCGCCGCCAAGGUUGUCAACUUUAAUGUCGUCGUUGUCGUCGCGCACGAAAGCUACGACCCCAUCGGGCCGACCGCCUUUGACUUUAACUCGUUCAAGGCUCAGAUGGCGAGCCUCCGCCUGCCGUGGCAGCACUUUGCCUUCUCGCUCGCCCGCCGCUCGCUCGACCUCGAUCCCGGCCUCGCCGUUGCGGUCGCCGCCUCGCAGACCACGGUCCGCAUCCCGCGCCUGAGCCUCGAAGGCUCCAUCGAAUCGUCGACUCGCCGAGUCAUCGACUCGGCCACCCUCGCCGCCCUCCUCGCUCAGACCGCACCAGCCGCGAACGCGGCCGCGCGCUCCUCGGGUGGCAAGGCCAGUGGCGCUUCGCUCGUUGUCCCCAUUGUUCUCUUCUCCACAGACUCGACCCACCCGUUCUUCCUCGACGCCACGUCGCAGGUGGCUGUCGUUGACGGCGUCGUCCUCGGCGUUCAGUCGCCGCACACCGAGUGGGAGUCGUACAUGCACUGCAACGGCGCGUCCAAGCUUGUCAACCUCCGCGCGCCGACCAAGGCCAUCACUGCCGCCGUGCUCCGCCUUGUCGGCGGCCUCCCGCCAGCCGCGGCGCCUGGCGCCCGGCGCGCCCUCGACAACUGGCUCUACGCCACAGGCACCUCGCCGCUCUCGGCCUGCGAUGGCGCGUGGCGGAUUUCGCGGCACCAGACCGGCCUCGUCAAGUUCAACAACGCUGUCGCCGCACUGCUCGCGGCGCGGUCGUCGAUGAACACAGCGCUGGCACAUCUCGCGUCCGUGGCCGUUACCGAGUACAACGCGCCAGCUUUUGCCUCGCCGGCCAUGGACGCCCUCCGCACCGCCUAUGACGACGUCCGCUCGCUCUGGGCUGCUGCCGAGUUUACCGCCGCCUCGCCGCGGGUCUCGGCCCACACCGACGAUGAGCUCGCGUCGCUCGUCUCGGGCGUGCUCCUCGGCAAGGCCGCGCGAUUUGUUCACCAGGCCGCCGAGUUUGUAGGCUACGCCGCCCACUACCACUGCAAUGCGGUGCAGGAGGAGCAACACGUCCACGAAGGCGUUUCGGUCCGCUGGACUGUUGCCGUCGGCGCCGCUCUCAACGCCCUCCUCUUUGCCGCCUACCGCUACUCGCGCCGCUCGUCCAAGCCAGCCUCCAAGAUCAAGGUCAACUAG